AACACCUUCUUUUUCCUGUGCCUCACCACUCACCACCUCGCCUUUACACUCUAUCCGCGGACCGAUUCAAAUGGAGUUGCCACCACUUUCGUGGGGAAUUAUGGGUGCCGGGCGAGUGUGUCAUGAUUUCGUCCAGGCCCUAAAGUCUAUUCCCCAUGCAGCCAAGGUCAAGACAGUGGGCUGCCGUGAGCUAGAACGAUCGGUAGAAUUCGCGGAUCAGCAUGGAAUUCCUAAUCGGGUUGGGAGCUACGAAGACGUGGCCAAGGAUCCAGAGGUGGACAUCUGCUACAUCGGCAUGCUACACCCUUUUCACUACGAGAAUGCCGUGACAGCACUGCAAAACGGCAAGCAUGUGCUCGUGGAAAAGCCAUCUACCUGCAGUGAAUGUGACACUAAAGCGCUAGUACGACUGGCUCAGGAGAAAGGGCUGUUCCUGAUGGAAGGGAUGUGGACCCGCUUCUUUCCGGCGGUGGAAAAGGCUCAGGAACUUGUCAAGUCUGGGACCAUUGGCAAGGUGGUGGCGGUUCACUCCGACUUUGGUUUCAACGGAGGUGACGUCGCCAACUAUCCGGACCACAUAUUUUACAACCUCAACCUUGGUGGUGGCGGAUUAUUUUAUGUCGCGCCUUACCCGGUGGCUGCAGCUAUGCAGUUUUUAGGCCCAGCCUUUCCCUCUCGGAUAGCGGCGGCCGGGGUGAAGGACAAGCUCACGGGCGUGGAUCUCAGUGGUGCUAUUUCUCUCCACUUCGAGGGAAAAGGAAUUGCUUCCUUGACAUACAACAUCGAGGCGGAAACUCCAGAGGAGACAAUCAUCAUCGGAACGGAAGGUCGCAUCAAGCUACUUUCUCCUGCUCAUUGCCCGACGGCGAUAGAGGUCACUACAAAGGCAAUCGGGCGAGGUAACACCACAACGAUACGCCACGACUUCCCCCUUCCGGACCCGCCUGCGUCAGUGGACGCCUCCGGUGGCUUCAACUACCCCAACUCGAACGGGUUCCAAUUCGAAGCAGCGGCCAUCCACAAGUGCAUCCGUGGAGGGCGAACUUCUUCAGAUCAGUACACGCCAGAUGAAAUGCUAGCGGUCAUGCAUGUGCUCGAGGAAUGCCGCACACAGUUGAAGAUCGACAGCGUGGAAUAAUAGAUGUGGACGCCUGAAUAUAUCGUCAGGUUUUUCCCGAUGUUCCGGCUCUGUGGUCUUUGAACAUUUUAUCAAGCGACUUGCGCGUAAUUGUUGUCUACGUUACGGUGGUGGUCCCGGUUUAGCGGUUCCCUGUGUAGCGGGACGGUUCCACAAUCUGGCGGCACGGCUGCAGCAACCCAGAGAAACGAUUAUACGAUCGCUACACCGAUCGCGCCCCCAAUGCGGUUGCUAGAGCUGUCUUAACACCAAUAAUGGCGGUUGUCGAUUCAAUUUUUCAAUUUUUCGGCCCCCAAUGGCGGUGUGGGGGUGGCGGAGCUCACGGCUGUACUGAAAGCGCUUAGUACGAAUGCAGAGGAGGAUGGGACCGCGUGCAGGACUCGAAGUUGUGCAAGGUGUUGACGCACCUUGCCAUCACCCCGGGUAACUCUGCCCCCCCUGCAGCCGUCGCAGCGGCUCUUUCUUGGGCGGAGCUAAAGCUAAAGAGGAAAAUAUAACUGAGGAUUUG